AUGGACAAGGACUCGCAGGAACCCGAGUUUCUCGAAGCAGUCGAGGUCUCUCGCCAGACAACUCGCCAGACAACUCGCCAGCCACAAGAUGGCCCUUCCUCAUCUCAGCCUUCUCAACGUGAUGUUGUCGAUCUGACAGGCGACCUGGACAGUGGCUCAGAUGUUGAAGAAGUCUUCCGUAAGUCUAAAUCUGUCGUCAAUUCCGAGACGGAGGACGAGGAUGAAGAUGAAGAGCUGCGACGUGCUAUUGCGAUGUCCCUGAAGUCAGAUGUCGAAGAAGUCUUCCCUAAGAUUAAAUCUGUCGUCAGUUCCGAGACGAAGGAUGUUGAUGAGGAUGAAGAGCUGCAUCGUGCUAUUGCUAUGUCCCUGGAGGCUAGCGAUAGCCCUAACCCCACCACAGCUGCCCCUCGUGAACCACCUGUUGCUCCCGGAGGGAUACUAUCCAGUUUGAACCGCAAGCAGAUGGAAGAGGAACGUCUCGCACGUGCCGCCAAGCGCAAGUUUGAGGGCUCUCCAUCCGCUCAGGAAAGCCGAAAACUCCCUCGUCCUGAAACCAACCCAGUACGUCCGAUUGCGCCUGUAUGGAAGACAACUCGGACUCUCCAAACCAGCAGUCCCACGGCCAGCUCUUCUCAAGCACGGACUCCCCAUUCGCCUCGCUCGGAAGUUUGCCGUCGGGUUGACUCAAAUGCCCCCGACUCCGACGUACGUCCGACAUCACGGUCUGUACCCCAGUGGCCUCUUGGUGCCGUCAAGAAGACGCACGUUACCGGAUCUCCUCGUACUGGAAACGACAUCACCAUCGAAGAAGUCAUCCAGCGAGAUGACCUGGAAUUGGGCGUUUUCAGCUCGUUCAUGUGGGAUCUCGACUGGCUCUUCACUAAAAUCAGCGCCCGGUCCCGUAUCAUGUUGAUCAUGCAGGCCAAGGAUGAGACGACUAAGAAAGAGCACCUCCGGGAUGCCGCGCACAUCAAGAACCUACGCAUCACUUUCCCGCCAAUCGAGCCACAAGUGUUUUCCAUGCACUCCAAACUCACUCUGCUGUUUCACGCUGAAUAUGUUCGGAUCGCAGUUCCAACGGCCAACCUUACUCGGACUGACUGGGGGGAGGAUAGACUUAUGGAGAAUACUGUAUUUUUGAUUGAUCUUCCCAGGAUGGCGGCCCCUAGGGCUGGAGAGACCGCCUUUUAUGAAGAACUUGUCUACUUUCUCCAGGCCUCAAAUUUACACCCAAAUAUCAUCAAGAAGCUAGAGAAUUUCGAUUUCAGUGAGACGAAGAGAUACGCAUUUGUGCACUCAAUUGGCGGAUCAAACAUAGGAGAUAAAUGGAGACGCACUGGGUUCAGCGGCUUAGGCCGCGCUAUCCAAACCCUCGGUCUGCAAACGAAUUUCCCCAUCAAUCUUGACUAUGUCACUUCAUCUCUGGGAAGCGUGAACAUUGAUCUUAUGCUCUCCAUCUAUCUCGCCUGUCAAGGCAAUGAUGCCGAGCUGGGAUACGAGCUGCGAACCGCACGUAAGAAAACAACCCCCCUGGGCCAGUCUGCAGCGGCAUACAGUAAAGAAUGUCUCGACCACUUCCGCAUCUACUUCCCAUCUGAGCAGACCGUGCGAGCUGCACACGCGAACCCGAACAUGACUGCAGGGACCAUUUGCUUCAAUCCGGGCUUUUGGACGAAACCCGGGUUCCCGCAAGCCUCACUGAGAGACUGUGUCAGCGAGCGUGGAGUAUUGAUGCAUAACAAGCUGCUCUACGCUCAUCCUUCCACUCCGAUUGAGAUGCCGGAUAACAAGGAAUGCCGGGGGUGGUCAUAUGUGGGGAGUGCGAAUAUGUCCGAGAGUGCAUGGGGACGUCUUGUCAAGGACACAAGCACCAAAGGAUUGAAGAUGAACUGCCGGAACUGGGAAUGCGGUGUCAUCGUGCCGAUUAUCACUGAGAAGACUGAUGUCAGUGCCCAGCAGGAAGGCAAGGGGAAGAAAUCAGAGGGGGCGACUUCAACUCCCCUUCCAGUUGAGGUUUACAAGGAUGUCGUUCCUAUCCCUAUGAAGUUACCGGCUAUGCCUCUGUCGCAGGAGCGGAAGCCUUUCUUCUUUGGGGCUUAG